AUGCAUGUACACUUGAGUACUAGAUAUAUAUCAUGUUUGUGCAUGUUUGCAUGUGAAUUCACUUGUGAGGACUACAGGAGCACCAUUAGCAAUUUUUGUGAGUGCAUAAAAGGAGACAUAAAAAUUAUUAUUGAGAGGAAUGAUAACAUAAAUGUCGAACUUCUUUCGAAUUAUUUCAAAUGCAUGGUAAAGGAAAUAUAUGAUGAAAAGUAUAAUGUAAAAAAAAAAAAAAUUGAUAAAAUUACUAGAAAAUAUCUUCGUCAAAUUGACUCGUACAGAUCAUGGGAUAGAGGCUUUUUUGAGGACGAAAGAAAUGUAGAGAAGAGGAAUAAUGAUGAUUACAAGAUGCAUUUAAAUAAAUAUGAUUCUUUUGAUCUGCGUAAAGUUAUAAAAAAUAAUUAUGAACCACAGUACAAUAGUGACAACGAAGAACCCUUUUCUUUUUCCUUUUACGGAAAUAGAAAUAUGAAAAUUAUUGACAGAUUAAAGGAUUUAAAAAAUAACAUUUCCUUUUUUAAAUUUUAUGAUUUAAUUGAUUUUCCGGGUAAAACGUGA